AAUUGUAAUCGUAUAUCGUCCAUCUAAUCGUGGCUUUGUCGAACUUGUGCCUAGUUUUUGUUUUUAUUUAAUAAAGCUAUAAUUUUAAAGUGUUUUGUGAAUAAUUUAUGAUCACUUGACUACGAAUUUCCAACUCGAAAAUGUGCCUUUAGUCUUCUACAAAAAACCAACUGAAUAAGUUCUCACAUCGAACUGUAACUAAAAGUAAACCAAGUCACUAUGUCAGCAAGGAGCCGGCUGUUAGUCUGCGGGCUGGUGCAAUUGUUGUUGCUAGCAACGAGCAGGGCACAACUACCCAGCGACGUGCAACCGCAACAACAGCAGCAGCCGGGCCUGCCACUACCGCAAAUACAAGGGCAACAACCGCAGCCAUAUCAGCCCACUUAUAACAAGGACUAUUCGCCACGCUAUAAUCCUUUGUACACGGGCCAGCAACAAAAUCCGGACAGCACACAGUAUGAUAAUCCAUUGCUGGACUUUGGCAAUCAGCCAACCAAUCCGAAUUUUGGUGGCUCUGGUCUGAAUCCAAAUAGCUACAAUGGUUACAACAACUAUGACAGCAAUCGACCGAUGUUGGGCGUUGGUGGCGGCAACAUUGUGGGGCCGGGCAGCAUUGGAAAUACAGGCCCACAAUACGACCCCUUCAAUCGCAACAGCGUGACAUCCCCUACCAAUUCGGGCUUAGGCUAUAGGGAUAUGUUCACCGAUGAGGAUAACUUUUGUCCCGAGCAUUGGAUAUCGUUCCGACAGACAUGCUAUCGCUUUAUACGCUCACCCAAGCGUAACUGGGCGGAAGCUAAGAAGAUUUGCAAGGCUUACACAGCGGACUUACUGAAUGUGGACAAUGUGGAGAAACAUGCGUUUAUUUUAAAGCAACUCAUUAUACAAAAUCAACGGCAGAAUCGUUUCUUUAUCUCAGCCCGUCAAACGGGGCCACAGAACUGGGUGAAUGAUGACAAUACGCAAUUGGUACAGAUUGAGGAUUCCUUUGCUUUCGAUGAACAGCAGGCACUUGAAAACGAAGAUCUGAAUGACAAUCGUUUCCUCGUGCAAAAUGAUCCCAACAAUCGCAAUUUUAACAAUCCCAAUCAGUACUACAAUGCGCUGACGGGACAACCGAAUGUGAAUCAACGCAACCAAAACAAUUUGCGUGGAUUCUUUGGUCCAAAUCAGCCUUAUGGAGACACUGGCUAUGUGCGAGAUCGUGUGGUCUAUGCCUAUUCGAAGAAACGCGAUCGAUGGAUGUUUAUGCCUGCCUACGAAAUUGAAUUAAAUCUAUUUAUUUGCGAGUCCAAAGCACUGUACAGCCCAGACAAUGUCAAUAUUAAACUAGAUGAUAAGCGCCCCUAUACGUAUGGCUUGGAUAUACGUGAUCUGGAGCGCAUUCCACGUGGACCGUACUUUGUAAAGCAACCAAAUGACACAACAUUUGAUGUGAACAAGAAUCGUUUGAUUAACGAUGUUUCGCUGAGCUGCUUGGCUGGAGGUUAUCCGACACCCUCGUAUGAGUGGUAUCGUGAGGUCUAUGUAAAUGAUACACUAGAAUACAAACGAAUUGAUCCGUUGGUGGAGGAUCGCUACACUAUAUCAGGAGGCAAUCUAAUUAUAUAUGAUCCCAAGCAAGCGCUAGAUCAGGGCGCCUAUCACUGCGUUGCGCAAAAUAAAUUUGGCAGCGUUCGGUCAGAGAGUGCACAUCUUAAUUUUGGUUUCAUCAUGGAGUUCAAUUUGAAGCGAUCUGCUGAGACGAGCGAGAUGAACUGGGGCAAGUCCAUAUUCUGUGAUCCGCCACAACAUUAUCCAGCCAUUCGAUACUAUUGGGCACGUGACUAUUUCCCCAAUUUUGUGGAGGAGGAUCAGCGCGUAUUUGUCUCACACGAUGGUGCGCUGUACUUCUCGUUUAUUGAGACCGUGGAUCGGGCCAAUUAUUCAUGUACUGUGCAAACACUUGUCUCGGAUACAGGUCGUAAUGGCCCCUUCUUUCCGCUGCGUGUAACGCCCAAUAGCAACUAUCAGACACUGAUCUUUGCCAAUACGUUUCCAAAAGUCUUUCCGGAGGCUCCCGUUGCUGGCGAAGAGAUUCGUUUAGAAUGCAUGGCAUUUGGUUAUCCUAUACCUUCGUACAACUGGACGCGCCAAGGACAGCCACUGCAGCGCAAUGCCUUCACGACGAGCUAUGGUCGCGUUCUGAUCAUUAGGAAUGCGACUACCAAUGACAAUGGACAGUACACAUGCAGUAUUACCAAUCCGCGCAAGACGCUGGAGAAGUCCAUCUAUAUCAACAUACAAAUGCGCCCAGAGUUCACUAUACCGCUUAAGGAUAUGAUCAAGGACUACAACAGUGAUGUUACGUUUAUUUGUGAAGCGUUCGCCAUACCCGAUGCCAACUAUACUUGGUACAAGAAUGCCGAACGUCUCGAUCCUUUGACCAUCAAUCGCGAUCGGUAUGUAAUACAAGAUAAUGUGCUAACCAUAAAAUUCCUGGAGAAGGACAAGGAUGAGGGCAUGUAUCAGUGCGGUGCACAGAAUCAACUGAAGACAUCCUUCAGUUCGGCUCAGUUGCGUGUGCUGUCCAUGAAGCCAUCAUUCAAGAAGCAUCCACUCGAAUCUGAGAUCUAUGCUGUUUAUAAUGGGAAUACAACUAUUGUUUGUGAUCCGGAGGCUGCACCACGUCCGAAAUUCCAGUGGAAAAAAGAUGGACAAUUGCUUGGCUCAGGUGGACAUCGUCGUAUACUGCCCAGCGGCACGCUCAUCAUAUCGCCCACGUCUCGUGAUGAUGAGGGAAUGUACACGUGCAUAGCUUCCAAUCAGGCAGGCUCGGAUGAGUCGCAUGCUCGAGUUAUUGUGCUGCAGGAAAUACGAUUUGUACAGACGCCCCCACAACGCAUUGUUUCUCGUGAACAUGAUCUUAUCUAUCUGCACUGUGAAGCUGCAUUCGACGAGCUGCUGGACAUUGCCUACGUUUGGAAACGUAAUGGCGAGAUACUUCGGAAUAAUCACGAUGGCACUCAGCGCUUUAUCGUCGACUGGAACAGUUUGACCGUGCAUAAUACAACGAUGCGUGAUUCAGGCGAUUACGAGUGUGUUGUCCAAUCAGCAGUUAAUGAGAUUAGUACCAAGACAAGUGUCAUUAUUGAAGGAGCCCCUGGUGCUCCAGGAGGCGUGCAGGUAAUUGAAAUUGGCAAGACCAAGGCUAUCAUUGAAUGGGUGGAUGGUGUCAACAAUGGCCGCCCCAUACGAUACUACAACAUACUUGGGCGCACCAACUGGAAUCGCACCUGGGUCAAUGUUUCCAUGCACGUACAGGCGCGUGAGGUGGAUCGAUAUACGUCUCGUCAGCAGGCUGAGGUUACAAAUUUGACACCCUGGUCCUCUUACGAAUUUAGCGUGACAGCUGUUAAUGAUUUGGGCAUUGGCACACCCUCAGCCCCAUCGCCAAUCUACAGCACUUACGAUGAUGUACCAUAUAUAGCGCCACGGAAGGUGGGCGGUGGCGGUGGUAAGAUUGGCGAUCUGACCAUUACCUGGCAGCCAUUGUUGCCACAGGAGCAGCACAGUCAUGGCAUACAUUACAAGGUGUUCUGGAAGCUAAAGGGUGCUUUAGAAUGGGCCUCAGAUAUUAAAAAGAAUCAAGAGAAUGUGGGUGUGGCCGUAGUCAACAUUCCACUAAACAACUACUACACGGAAUACGAAGUAAAGGUACAGGCAAUAAACAGCAUGGGUAAGGGACCCGAGAGCGAAACGGUUGUCAUACAUUCUGCCGAGGAUAUGCCACAAGUGGCGCCCCAAAAACCAUUUGCGUUGGCCUACAAUUCCACUUGCUUCAACGUAUCCUGGAGUCCCAUUGACAUGUCUCGUGAGAACAUACGGGGCAGGCUUAUUGGACAUAGGCUGAAGUAUUGGAAGACCGAACAUCAAGAAGAGGAUGCCGUCUACUACUUAUCGCGUACUACUCGGCCAUGGGCACUAAUUGUGGGUCUGCAGCCGGACACGUAUUACUUCGUUAAGGUUAUGGCAUACAAUGCAGCUGGCGAAGGUCCUGAAAGCGAACGUUUUGAAGAACGCACAUAUCGCAAGGCGCCACAGAAGCCGCCGUCUUCAGUGCAUGUCUAUGGCAUAAAUCCGUCUACGGUGCGCGUUGUUUGGCGUUAUGUUUCGCCGGCGCAAGAUGAAGAGCCGCUGGCUGGCUAUAAGGUUCGCAUCUGGGAGACUGAUCAGAAUAUGAUCACUGCCAACAAUACUAUUGUGCCUAUAGGACACAAACUGGAGUCCUUUAUUAACACACUGACGCCGGGUAAGAGCUACAACAUGCGAGUGCUAGCCUUCAGCAAUGGCGGCGAUGGACGCAUGUCCAGUCCCACGCUGCGUUUCCAAAUGGGAAAGACGACACGCAAUGCAGCGAAUACUAGACAUGGUCACAACAUCAACACAGCUCUGAUCAUGAGUGUGUUAUUGUUUAUCACCACAUUUUUCUACACCAACGUCAACAAUUAGUAAUUAGGCAACAAGAGUAAUACCGUCCGAUGUUUUUGACAAGGCGCACAGCUUUAGAAAAAUACACAGAAACUCAAGAGUCUCGUUUAGAUUUAAAUCAGCAAACAUUCCGUCUUUACUAGCGAAACCUCAGCGAAUUGAACAUAUGCGAAACAAAUAAGAAAGUGACCUUAAUUAUAUACAAAAUAAGUAGAGCAUAUACAUUUAAAGCAAAC